AGAUCGGAUCCACCGGUAACCCACAGCCAUGGCCAAGGAAGGCACUGCCACCGGAGCUGAAAUGGACGUCAACGCUGCUUUGGAAGAGGUGCUGAAGACGGCCCUCGUCCACGAUGGCCUGGCUCGAGGAAUUCACGAAGCUGCCAAAGCCUUAGGCAAGCGCCAAGCUCAUCUUUGCGUGCUUGCAUCCAACUGUGAUAAACCUAUGUACAUCAAGUUGGUGGAAUCCCUUUGUGCUGAGCACCAAAUCAACCUGAUUAAGGUUGAUGACAACAAGAAACUCGGGGAAUGGGUAGGCCUCUGCAAAACUGAUCGAAAGGGAAAGCCCCGGAAAGUGAUAGGCUGCAGUUGUGUGGUGGUUAAGAACUAUGGCGAAGAAUCUCAGGCUAAAGAUGUCAUUGAAGAGUACUUCAAAUGCAAGAAAUGAACAGCAACGACAAAAUUGGCGUGUUUUCCUUUAUGUUCCUAAAAAACGUAGAAAAGUAGUAUUAUCUCAAACUCUUGAGUUUUCGCCGGAAAUAACAGCCCCUUUUAGGGUUUCUUCCAAA